GAGCCGAGGGGGGACGAAGCCUUGGCGGGGCGGCGCGAAGGAGGAGGCGGUGAGGAACAGCGGCGGCCAGGGCAAGAGGAAGGCUUCGUCGUGGCGGGUCGGAGGCCCCCGCCGGCCUGCGGGGAGGGGGCGGCCCUUAGCAAGUAAGAAGCCGCGGCGGCACCCCGGGAGGAAACCUUGGUGAGGACGGCGGGGCGCCGGGCAGAUCCUUGGUUAUUUUACCUAGGUUAAGUGAUGGGAACAUACACUAAAGAAAAAAAAUCACCCUUGGGUCUUUGGUGUUUAUAUUUGUGUGACAGACUCUAAGAUGUCCCAAGAAAACACAUCAGCCAAUUGCUUAAAUAUAAUAACAACAUCUAUUGAAGAUGGUGCUUUCCAAAAAAAGGGCCAUAGUGCAAGAAUCCUUAGCCCAGAAGAAGCUGAGAGACUGGCAAAAGAUCAGGUUUUGGUGUCUGAGUUCAAACAACUAAAACUGGAGAAAGAGGCGCAGAAGAACUGGGAUCUAUUUUACAAAAGAAACAGCACCAACUUCUUCAAAGACAGACAUUGGACAACUAGAGAGUUUCAAGAGUUAAAAGCGUGUCGGGAGUUUGCAGAUCAGAAACUGACCAUUCUGGAAGCAGGUUGUGGGGUUGGGAACUGCUUGUUUCCACUCUUAGAAGAAGAUCUGAAUAUUUUUGCAUACGCCUGUGAUUUUUCUCCUAGAGCUGUUGAGUAUGUGAAGAAAAACGCCUUAUACAGUACAGAAAGAUGUAAAGUGUUCCAGUGUGAUCUUACCAAAGAUGAUCUUCUAGAAAACAUACCAGCAGAUUCUGUGGAUGUUGUCACACUUAUAUUUGUGCUUUCUGCUAUUCAUCCUGACAAAAUGCAUCUUGUCUUAAAGAACAUUUACAAGGUACUAAAACCAGGCAAGUGUGUUUUGUUCAGAGACUAUGGACUGUAUGAUCAUGCAAUGCUCAGGUUUAAAUCUGGCAGCAAACUUGGAGAAAACUUUUAUGUUAGACAAGAUGGGACGAGAUCGUAUUUUUUUACUGAAGAGUUCUUGUCUCAGCUUUUCAAGGCUGAGGGAUAUGAGCAAGUGGUCAAUGAAUAUGUGCAGCGAGAAACUGUGAAUAGGAAAGAAGACUUGUGUGUUCCAAGAGUUUUUCUUCAAGGCAAAUUUCAAAAGCCUUUCAGUAAGACAUAAGUGCUACCUCUGGUCUGACUGGAAAUGAGACUGCAUGAGAAAUAAAAAAAUUAGAAAUAA